UGUCCCAAGGGGCGUGUCAGUAAGCAGUGACGCGUGCAGCCGUGAAGAGCGUAGAGAACGCGAGCUCCACCUCGAGUGUUUUGGAUCCGUAACGUGUACGUACCUCGCUCCGCCAGCGUGCAACACGCGCCAGCCGACAAAGCCCGCGUGACAGCGCUCAAACCGCGCUGUUUGCUUGCCUGCCUCCGACCAAGGUACACAGGUGACUCAAGUGAAAUCGUCCUGCCAUGCCGUCGUCGUGGAACCCGGCAGAAGAGGAAACCAGCAAAAAAGCCCUCGAAGAGGCGUGCAAGCCCGGACCUGCGUACAAGAAUGCCUACAGAGAUUUCGAAGGUCUGUACCUCAGCAAUACUUUCACGGAUAGAAACAUGCGCUCUGCUCUGUCCUACAAACCGCUCGAUGGAGACGUCUUUGUCGUGAGCUACCCGAAGUGUGGCACAACAUGGAUGCAAUACAUUGUGUAUGGCAUAUUCCGCAACGGUGUGCCCCCUGCGAACCUUAUGGAGUUCAUGAACAUGGCUCCGUUCUUGGAGCUUGUAGGAGCCGAGGUCGCACAGGCUAUGCCACGACCAAAUGCCAUCAAGACUCACCUGCCGUUCAACAAGCAGCCUUACUCGGCGAACGCCAAGUACGUCUACAUCACCCGCAACCCUUACGACUGCUGCGUGUCGUUCUACUACCACACGAGGAACAUGCCGAUGUACCUCUUCGAGGACGGCACGUUCGACCAGUUCUUUGACAUGUUCGUCGAAGGAAAAGUGGACUUCGGCGACUACUUCGACCACCUCUUGUCCUGGUACGAACAUCGAGGGGACAGCAACGUGCUUUUCAUCACUUACGAAGACCUCAAGAAGGACACUCGCGGUUGGGUGCUCAAGAUCGCCGACUUCCUGGGUAAAGAGUACGGAGACAAGUUGAGGCAGAGCUCACAUAUCUUCGAGAGGAUUAUGGCUAUGAUUAGCGUCGACUCCAUGAAGAAGAUUAACGCCGAGAUGAACAACUGGACCAAGGAUUUGGCCAGCGCUCCCUUGGAGACGCUGCCUGAAGGGAUGAAGUCUUUAGUGGAAGCCAUGGGGAACCUGCUGGACAAGCCCAUCAAGGGAGACUUCGUGAGGAAAGGCAUCGUGGGGGACUGGCGGAACCACUUCUCACCGGAGCAGGUCGCCAGGAUGAAAGAACGAAUUGCACUCAAGACCGCCGGCAGCGAUGUCAUGGAGCUGUGGAAAGACGAGGGCUUGCCCUGAGUAUGAGCGCAAAUUGGUGAUUUUGCGUUCUGGCUGACGAAACCUAUGCAGCACGAGUGGACGGGUCAUUUAUGCGUUCUUUCUCCGAUGAGCCGUAGGUAGUGAAUAAAGAAACGGAUGCUUCAGCACUCACGAAUCUUUAACAUAGGCUAAGGAUACUGAUGCAACGCGAAGCAGUUGUGUGGACUUUGUGCUCACAUUCCACGUACUAUAUCACGACUGCUUAUACGAACACGGAUAUAGUAAGCUAGAGGGCAAAUUACUUCUGAGGUGACGCGCAUGGGAGUAUUUGCAAUCCAGUGAAGUAAGUACAGUCAACAUGAUUGCGGCUUCAUCAGAUUUUGUGAGUGGCACCUUUGCGGUAACUAAGUUCGCAACACACGGCUAACUUAAGUUUCUUCUGUUAAGCUAUCUUUACAGCGUUUCUGUGUAUUCAUGCGCAAAGUUAGUCAACGUCCUUGAAGAAGAAAGUAAACUUUAUUAAAAGAAUG